AUGGUGGCAACGUUGAAGCAAGAGGGUCGAGAUAUGAGCGUCGGUGGUGGUGGCUCAAUGGCGGAGGAGGGCGAGUUGUUUGUGGCAGUAGCCGUGAAAGGUAUUAUCGGAGAUAAAUUGGGCGGCGCAGGAAGCCGGCGUGCCGUACGGUGGGCCGUCGAUAAUUUAUUACCUAAGGCUGGUCGGUUUGUGAUGAUCCACAUCAUCCCCUCCAUUACCACCAUCCCUACCCCUACCGGAAAGAGAUUACCGGUGGAGGAAGUGGAUGAGAGAUUGGUGGAAAUGUAUGUGAGAGACGUGAAACAAGAAUUUGAAACCGUCUUUGUUCCCUUCUUGAAAAUGUGCGAGAGUAGUAGUAGUACCAAGGUAGAGACUCUCUUGAUAGAGUUUGAUGAUCCAGCAAAGGCCCUACUACGAUUCAUAUACAAAUCAGGAAUUGACAGUUUGGUUAUGGGAUCAUUCAAUUCCAAUAUUUUCACAAGGAGAAUAAAAGGUCCAGGAGUACCAUUGACUGUCUUAAAAUACGCUCCAGCAACAUGUGAAGUACAUAUUGUGUAUAAAGACAGAAUCACUACAAAACCUAUGGAGCCAUUAAUCAACGCAGUGCCGUGCAUAAGUCUAAAAGCAGCCAUGACCACCCACGGUUACCUGAAAGGAGUGGCUAGAUUCCACACUGUACAUGGUCCAACGUUAUCUGAUCGUCGAGAAUCUAUAGAGGUAGGGACGAGGUCAGCCACGACUAGUGAGUCGAGAUUAGGGGCAUUAAGCCUAGGUUAUAGUCAACCCAAAAGGCCUCAAAUUAGUAAGGUUGCAAGUGCAAUAGAUCCAAAAAUUGUAAGGCGUCGUGGAAAAUCAGAUAUUCCCCAUCUAAAUUACUCAGAUUUUGAUAUAACAACCGAACCCCAAUCGAGUCUUGACAACAUCAUUCGACAAGAAAGAGGCUCUGAUUCGGAAACAUCUGGAAAAUCCAAGGAGGUUGAGAUUGAAGCAGAGGUCGAGCAUUUGAAGAAGGAGUUAGAAAAUACGGUUGUUAAGUAUAAACAAGCUUGUCAAGAGCUUUUCUCCACACAUAACAAGGUUCAAGUGUUGUUGUCAGAAUGUACGAAAGACGCUAGAAGAGUAAACAAUGCUGUGGAGAAAGAAGAGUUGCAGAGGAAAAUCGCGGCUCUGGAGAAAGAGAGGCAUAUGAAGGAAGUUAAAGAGGUAGAAGCUGCAAAAGAUUUGCUUGCGAGAGAAUUUUGUGAACGACAAAUGGUAGAGACAAAUGCUUUAAAGACUUACUUGGAAGAAAAGAAAGUGACCGAUCAGCACCUAGAAACGGAUCAACAGUACAGGAAAUAUACAAUCGGAGAGAUUGUUACAGCCACUGAUGGAUUCUCACCAGAAAAAGCGAUCGGAGAAGGAGGAUAUGGUAAACUUUACCACUGUAGCCUUGAUAGUACACCGGCGGCUGUCAAGGUUCUCCGACUAGAUACGUCAGAAAAGAAACAAGAGUUCUUGAAAAAGGUUGAGGUUCUUAGUCAACUCCGACACCCACAUGUGGUUCUUCUCCUAGGAGCUUGUCCAGAGAAUGGUUGUCUGGUUUACGAGUAUUUGGAAAACGGAAGCCUUCAAGAAUAUAUAUUUCACCAGAAAAAUAAACCGCCUUUGCCUUGGUUUAUCCGGUUUAGAGUAAUUUUCGAGGUAGCUUGCGGUUUAGCCUUCUUACACAGCUCUAAACCGGAACCAAUUAUUCACGGCGAUAUAAAACCGGAAAACAUCCUGUUAAACCGGAACCAUGUGAGCAAAAUCGCAUAUGUCGGUCUAGCGAAGCUGGUUACGAAUGAUGUUACGAUGUAUAAGCACUACAUUGACCCGGAGUACCAUCGAACUGGAACGAUGAGACCCGAAUCGGAUCUUUACGCUUUCGGGAUAACCAUUCUUCAGCUGUUGACGGCUCGUGAGGCGGGCGGGCUUGUACACGCAGUCAAAAAUGCAAUAACGAAAGGAACGUUAACCGAAAUUCUAGACAAAUCAGUUAUUGACUGGCCUUUGGAGGAAACUGAGGAAUUAGCAAUGACCGGUUUAAAAUGUGCAGAAUUUUGGUGGCGAGAUAGACCGGAUCUUAAAGAAGAGGUUAUACCGGUUUUGAAACGGCUUGUAGAAACUGCAAAUUCAAAGAUAAAGAAAGAACAAAGCAAUUUGUGUGCACCAAGUCAUUAUUUCUGUCCCCUUUUACGAAAGAUAAUGGAGGAACCACAGAUUGCAGCUGAUGGAUUCACGUACGAGAAAAGAGCGAUCUUAGCGUGGCUUGAGACACAUAACAUUUCGCCGGUGACUAGACAAAAGCUAGACCACUUCAAGUUAACACCGAACAAUACACUCCGGUCUGCGAUCCACGAUUGGAAAUCAAGAGCGGUUUUCUGA